CCGCCCCUGAGCGCGCGGAGGCAGGCGGUAACGUGAACGUCGGGUGGAGGAGUCUGAUUGAGGAGAAACUACAGCAGGAGGAAACACGGGCUCCACUCGCACAAUUUCUCACAGAGCACUCCCUUUAAAAUGGCGUACCACAGCCCGUACAGAGCUCCCCCGCACAUCAACGCUCCUCCGGACCAGGGCUUCCUGUGGAAUAUCUUUCAGAGGGUCGACAAAGACCGGAGUGGAGUGAUAUCAGACUCAGAGCUUCAGCAGGCCUUAUCAAACGGCACAUGGACUCCUUUUAACCCAGUGACAGUCCGCUCCAUCAUAUCCAUGUUCGACAGGGAAAAUAAAGGCGGAGUGAAUUUCAACGAGUUCGCCGGUGUGUGGAAAUACAUCACAGACUGGCAGAACAUCUUCAGGACCUACGACAGGGACAACUCGGGCUUCAUCGAUAAGAACGAGCUGAAACAGGCGCUGACAGGAUUCGGGUACCGUCUAUCAGACCAGUUCUACGGCACUCUGAUAGAUAAGUUUGACCGCCAGAGGAAGGGACAGGUGGCCUUUGAUGACUUCAUCCAGUGCUGUAUUGUUCUACAGAGGUUGACUGACGUUUUCAGGCGGUACGAUACAGACCAGGAUGGCUGGAUCCAGGUUUCAUAUGAACAAUAUCUUUCCAUGGUCUUCAAUAUAGUAUAACACACACGGAUCGUCACAGAAGAGCACAACUGGACACAACUGUGCCAAAGCUACCGGCACCUCCCGGAUGUCUGCCAUGGUGGACACUACAAGAUUUUUUAAAGCCUAAUUGUUAGCCCUAGUUGGGCUAUUUCACUUAAAUUUCUAAAAUUAAUACUAGAAACCUUUGAGGAACCUUAAGUUAUUUUGAGGUUGUAAUAUUACCCAGAUGAUAGUAUCUGGAAGUUGAAUGCUUGAAAAAAAAAAAUCUUGUAGUGUUUUGUUCGUUGACCAAUCUGAACAAUGUCUGUGUUGGGGACUCUGGGUUGGGGAAUAUCAUGGACACAUCUGUCUUUCUGUCCGUCAGUCUGUCUGUUAAUGUACAACAUUUGUAAUGUCUUACCUUUAAUUGAUACAAUUAAAAAAAGGAUCUCUGCUGAGAGUGAAACGAUGCAUUGUAAAUAUGAUUUGCAUGCUUUUCAGGGAAAUUUAACCCCACGUUCAAGCAUGCUUUCCCUUUCUCUUGACUUUUCCUCAGCCCUAUUUUGCUCAAAGCCAUGUUUACAAAAACUGUGAAAGCAGCCGAUGUUCUGCUUUGGGAUUCACUGACAUGCCAGCUUACAUGCCAUAUUUGUACAAACUUAUUUUUAACAGCAAAUCUUCUAAUGUUAGGACGUUUCAUUUUUGGUAGAGGGUCAGCAUAAUGCCUUUAGUAUGGCUUACUUUUUGUGCAUGAUGCCUUAAAAUGUGUAAAACAAAAUAACACACCAGAGAAAUCUUUUAUUAAAAAAAUAAAACAUC